GCCGAAGUUUCUCGUCCAAUUGGGAUUUCAGAUAUAAGUUUCGAGCGCUCGUCAUUUUCGAGUCGAAAGCCAAAACAGCAACAACUGUGAAAUUUUUGCGUGAAAUCUAGUCGAUAAAAGACACAAAUUAAAACAAACAAAAUGGUUCGCCGUGGACGUUCAGCCAGUCCCCCUCCCUCCACUCGUCGCUCCGCACCUGUGCAGGCACGAGCCCCCGCUCCCGCCCCAGCCGCCGCCGCCCCUGUGCCGGCCCGUGCUGCCGCCCCGCCCCCACCGCCGGCGCCCAUGAGCGCUCCGCCCAGCGCCGUGGGCAUGCCGGCGCCCCAGCAGCCGUCGAUGUUCCAGCAGAUGGCCGCCACCGCUGGCGGCGUGGCCGUGGGAUCGGCCAUCGGACACACUGUGGGUCAUGGCCUGACCUCGCUGUUCAGCGGAUCCGGCGACAAGGAGGCAGCUGCUCCGACGGCCGCCGCUCCUGCCCCCCAGCAGCAACAGCAGCCCUACUUCGCCCAGCAACCAAAUGAGCCGCAGGGAGCCUGCGCCUGGGAGCUCAAACAGUUCAUCCAGUGCGCCCAGGGACAGGCGGAUCUGACCCUCUGCGAGGGAUUCAACGAGGCGCUGCGGCAGUGCAAGCAGAGCCACCAUCUCCAGUAGAGGAGGAGGAGCAACUGGCCACCACCCCGGAUGACCAAUCCCCUCGUUUAGUUCUUAAUCGUUUAAUUGCAAGCAUCCUAGAAGAGAGCAUUGUUUAAUUGUAGUGCAAAUUGAAAUGUGUUAAAUAGAAAAACCCAUUGGCAGCCCAGUUGAUCGUUGAUCCCUCUUCCCAAAAAAAACCCAAAUCCAAAAAAAUAAAAACAUAAGAAAGCUAAAACCCACGGGCUGUCAAUGUGGGCCAAAACAAAACAAA